CAAAUGGGAAAGAUCCACCAACGCGUAGGACUUCCGCUCUCCACUAAACAUACAUCCAAGCUGGGCUCAGUAUCAGCCUCAUUCGGUUACACAACGACAACGCAUCAGGGCUUGCUAGGCUAUAGACGCAUCGACUGCAGUGAUUGUCGUGAAUCACUCACCGCAUAGCCCUCGGAAUAUUGAAAGCCGGGCUCAUCUGCAAAUCGUCUCAGAAAGCUCCUACGGGGCUCCGUGAGCUUCCCUCUCCGCCCGUUCCUCCACUUCUCAUUAUCUAAAGGGCAUAUACCGAUCCUGAUAUCUCACAACACGCUUGGAUAUCCAGCGCCAUGGAGUCUCUCUUCAUCCCAUCCGUUGAACCGCGGACGGCGGCAAUCGUCGCGACAACCGUCGUCGCCACGCUCUCCUUCUUAUCUCUUGCCCGGCUCAGCCUCUAUCCCAAUUGGGGCACCGCCAUCCCUAACCCUCUCAAGACCAAAUUGUCCAAGCUCUCGGGCGACGAGGUUAAGAAGCUUCCUUAUCGACCAGACUCCUUCCCAGGUGCACGGGAUGUUGAAACGCCUUAUGGCUCCAUUCGGGUCUACGAGUUCGGCCCCACUACUGGCUCUAAGGUCGUUCUCAUCCACGGGAUCAGCACCUCGUGCAUGACCCUCGGCCGCAUUGCCCACGCCCUUGCUGCCCGGGGCUGCCGCGUCAUGAUGUUUGACCUCUUCGGCCGUGGCUUCUCCGACGGCGUCGGCGACCUCCCCCACGACGCCCGCCUGUACACCACCCAGGUACUCCUUGCCCUCGCCUCCUCCCCGCUCGCCUGGUCCGGCACCAACUCCGUUCGGGUCAUCGGCUACUCCCUGGGUGGCGCCGUCGCCGCCUCCUUUGCCGCCGCGUUCCCGCACAUGGUCGAGAGCCUCGUGCUGCUGGCGCCCGCCGGACUCAUCCGCGCCGAGAACUUUGGCCUCCUCGCCCAGCUAACGUUCCAGUCGGGCCUUGUCCCCGGACGGAUUCUCGCCGCCUUCACGCGCAAGAGGCUGCAGCGGCCGCUGGCGCGCAAGCGCGCCAACGCCGGUGCGGAGGAGGGCGACCCGGCGGAAAAGUUCGUCGACGUUGCCGCCGCCGAGGUCUCAGGACCCGGCGGUGAGGACGUGCAGGUCGAGCGGCGGGCGCGCGAGUAUGUCUCCUGGAUGGUGGCCCACCACGGGGGGUUCGUGCCGGCCUUCAUGUCGUGCGUGCGGUGGGCGCCGCUGACGGGCCAGCACGAGACGUGGCGCGCGCUGGGUAGGCGGGCGAAGGGAACGACGGCCGUGUUCAUCGGCAGGACGGACGAGAUCAUCGACGUCGAGCACUAUGCCAAGGACGGUUUGCCGUUGUUGGGCGGCAAGGACAACGUCGUGUGGAAGGAGCUCCCUGGCGGUCACGACUUCGUCAUGACCAAGACUGAUUUCAUCAUGUGUGAGCUAGACGCACUAUGGGGGCUGGAGACUCAAUCUUGAGGUCAUGAAGCGGGAGGCUGGAGGUGCGACGGCCGGCGAGGAUAGACAGACAUAGAAGGUCACACACGCUUGGACAUUUGGAUUGUGAAAGUACAUCAUAGAUGGACGAGCCCCGUGAAGAGGAUAUAUCUCUGGGUUUCAUUAGUAGACAUCAAUACCACGCCUUCAGUAUUUUGCAUGU